CCAAUAGUAAUCAACGCUCUACAUAGUCAAAAGUCAAGGGACAUGAAACGUGUGGAAUAGAAGAUGUUGGGGCCCACUAGGAACCAGAUAGGAAAAGUGUGUGUGAAAACUCAAUAGACUCUGAAUCAUAGCAUAUGAAACUUCUUAGAAGCAUAGAUGACAUAGCAUAUGCAUUUUUGCUGUCUAAGUCGUCUUUCAUACUUAACAAAUAGUUUAAACAUUAUAUUCUUCUCUAUUCUCUGUUCCACCCAAGAAGCUUGUGUGUUCUUUUCUGUUGAAAGUCCAAUUGGGUAUGUGGUUAGGUCUUUUUCUCCUUUUCAAUUUUGCCUCAAUAGAAAUAAUCGAUGAUAAAAUGAUAUGGCUAAUUUAUUUCUGAUUGUCUUCACAAGUUUUAGUUGGGGUGUGUAGGUAAUGGGUUAAGAACUUGAAUGGUUUAAAAUAUGUUAUGGAGUUCAAAACAUGAGUGCUUUUUGUUGUUGUUUAAAAUGAAAUGUAACUCUUUUUUAUAUAAAAUAUUUGGUGAGACAACAACCACUUUUCAUUGAAGUGCAUAUAACCAUUCAUCUAUAUUUUUUCUAUUUUUACCAAGCUCGCUUUGGAUGUUGAUACUCUCUGUUAAGCUGACACUAUUUCUAAGGGCACCAGCUUCAAAUUGCCGUUCAAAUUGGCCAUCUGAAUUUGUCUUUUAAUCUAAGAGAACUUAGAGGAGGCCACCAAAGAAAGUACGAAGUAGUGAUUGGGACUAUGGAUAACAAGUUGGGUUAUGGGAUCGUCACUCAAGGUUCCUGCUACCAUAUAAAAUCAUAAUCAUUCACAUCCAAGGAAGACUGCACACAAUAUCAAAAUAUCAGCAGCAACAGAAAGGCAAAGACCAAAGAGGCAAAGACCAAACCACCUGACAAAGAACUUAUGAAUUAAUAUGUGUAGUACUUAAAAUUCAUAAUGGAUGAGCAACAAAGGAUCAACGUUGUUGGUUCUUCCUCCAACUCUUGUUCCAAAUCUCAUGAUAUUUUUCUAAGCUUUCGUGGUGAAGACACUCGUUGGAACUUCACAAGCCAUUUAUAUGAAGCUUUGAAUAAAGAGAAAGUCAAAACUUAUAUCGACGACCAACUUAAAAAGGGAGAUGAAAUUUCACCAGCGCUCAUUAAAGCUAUUGAAGAUUCUCGUGUAUCUAUUGUUAUAUUCUCAGAGAACUAUGCUUCCUCAAAGUGGUGCUUGGGUGAACUCAGUAAGAUUAUGGAGUGUAGAGAAGAAAGUGGACAGGUUGUGAUUCCUGUGUUCUACAUGGUAGAUCCAGCUGAUGUGAGGAAACAAUCCGGAAGCUACGAGCGAGCCUUUGUAAAACAUGAGGGAGACCGCAGGUGCAAACAAUGGAAAGCUGACCUAACUAAAGCUGCCAAUUUAGCUGGGUAUCACUCUAAAAAUUACAGGAAUGAACCUGAAUUCCUUAAGAAAAUUGUUGAAGAUUUAUUGGGAAAUUUGGCUCCUAGACACCCAAUCCAUCUUAAAGGAUUGGUUGGAAUUGAGGAAAGUUUUGCAAAGAUUGAAUCAUUACUAAAACUUGGGUCAAGUGAAGUUAUAACCUUUGGAAUAUGGGGUAUGGGAGGCAUAGGUAAAACCACCCUUGCUACAGCUUUAUAUGACAAACUAUCUGAUGAGUUUGAAGGUCAUUGCUUUCUUACAAAUGUAGGGGAAAGUUCACACGAAUUGAUAGCUUUACGUGAAAAACUUUUUUCUAAGUUGCUAGGGAAGAAAGAUUGUGAUUUUAAACUAUCGGACAUAAGUAGGCUUCGAUAUAAAAAAGUUUUGAUUGUGUUGGAUGAUGUGACUACCUCAGAGCAAUUUAAAAAACUAAUCAUAGAAUAUGAUUUCUUGGGUCCAGGAAGUAGAGUCAUUGUUACAACUAGAGAUAAGCAUAUACUUGGCCCAAAUGACAAAAUAUAUUCGGUCCAAGAUUUAGAUUUUUCCCACUCUUUACAGCUUUUUUGUUUGACUGUUUUUGGAGAAAAAGUACCUAAAGAUGGAUAUGAAGAACUGUCAAGAAGGGUGAUUUCCUAUUGCAAAGGUGUUCCUUUGGCUUUAAAGGUUUUAGGUGCAAAUCUUCGUUUAAGAAGUAAAGAAGCAUGGGAAUGUGAAUUGAGAAAACUUCAAAGGAUUCCAAAUAUGGAAAUUCACAAUGUAUUAAAAUUAAGUUAUGAUGGCUUAGAUGGUACUCAGAAGGACAUAUUUCUAGACAUUGCAUGCUUCUUCAAACAGCACUCAAGAGGUUUUGUAACAAGUGUACUGGAAGCUUUUGAUUUCUAUCCAGAAUCUGGUAUAGAAGUCCUUCUAGAUAAAUCCCUCAUAACAAUUUCAGAGUACAAUGAGAUUGAAAUGCAUGGUUUGAUACAGGAAAUGGGUUGGGGAAUUGUUCAAAAUGAAUCUAUCCAAGACAUUGGAAGACAAAGUCGAUUGUGGAACCAUGAGGAUGUGCUUGAUGUGUUGAAAUAUAACAAGGGAACUAAUGUUGUUGAAGGCAUAAUUUUAGAUUUGUCUAAAUUAAGUGGAGAUCUAAAUGUGAGUUUCAAUUCCCUUGCAAAGAUGGCUAAGUUGAGAUAUCUUCAAAUAUAUAACCAACGGGUGUUACAUUACCUCGCUAAAGUGUCUACUACAGAUGAUCUAAAUGGAACUAAUGUUGAAGGCAUAAUUUUAGAUUUGUGUAAAAUAAGUGGAGAUCUAAAUGUGAGUUUCGAUUCCCUUGCAAAGAUGACCAACUUGAGAUUUCUUGAAAUAUAUCAUGAAUGGAUGUUACGAUACCUCCGUAUUGUUUCCACUACAGAAGAUCUAAAUAUAUCAUUUAAUAAAUUGAGGUAUCUUCACUGGGAUGGUUAUAAUCUUGAGUCUUUACCAUCUAACUUUUGUGUUGAACAACUUGUAGUGCUUCACAUGUGUUAUAGCAACCUCAAAAAGCUUUGGAAUGGGGUUCAGAAUCUUGUGAAUUUAAAGAAGAUUACCCUUUCAUACUCCGGAUACUUGAUUGAAAUACCAGACUUAUCUAUGGCAGAAAAACUUGAAAUAGUAGAUCUUCGCUGUUGUACAAGCUUGCAUAAGCUUCAUCCAUCUAUUUUGUCUCGUCCCAAGCUAACAUAUUUGGAUUUAAGUUACUGCAAAUCGAUUGAAAGGCUCAACAUUCAUUCAAAAUGUAUGAAAGCAUUAUAUCUCAGAUAUUGUUCAUUUCUUAAGGAAGUCUCAUUGAGAUCGGAGAAGUUGACAAUAGUGGACCUAUUUUGCUGCAAAGUCAUUGAAAACGUUAACCUUCAUUCAAGAUCUCUAAGAACACUUUAUCUCGGUGGUUGUUCAGUUCUGAAGGAAAUCUCAGUGACAUCAGAGAAAAUAACAAAAGUGAAGUUUUCUAGUGCCACUAUACCUGCAUUGUCGUUAUCAAUUGGUCACUCAUUCUUCUUAGAAGUGUUAAACCUAACUGGAAGUAAUAUUGAGAGCUUUCCUACAAACAUCAAAAACCUUUCAAUGCUGAAAGAGCUUUGUUUAAGAGACUGCAGGGAACUCGUGUCUCUGCCGGAGCUUCCACCAUCCGUGAGAGUGCUUCGGCUACAUGACUGCAGGAAACUCAUGUCUUUGCCAGAGCUUCCACCUAACCUGGAUACACUGAGCGCCUUUAACUGCAUUUCUUUGGAGAAAGGGAUCUCUCAACAGCUACUGUUACAACACAUGUUACAUAGAUACAUACCUUGCGUACACCAACGGCUUUGUAACUUAUGGGAUAGAGAUUAUUUCUCUUUCCCGAAAGACCGUGUCAUGCACGAGUGUGGGUUUCAUACAGCGGAGGGUUCAAUAACUAUUUCUUGUCUUCCAAUAUCUCACUUAAGCGGUUUCAUUUACUGCAUCGUUCUUCCUAAGCGAUUUGUCUCCAAUGAUAUUAUGAUAUCUAUGUAUCAAGAUCACGUAAAGGUGAGGUCCUGGGUAGGUCGGCAAAGGUUUAGAAGUUGCGACAAUGCAAUGUCAGAUCACGUCAUGUAUUGGUAUGAUGACUUUAGCCAAUACGACAAAAUAUUAAGUGGGGACAUAACACUUACAAUCGAAUUUGUUGGAAGAGAAGAAAUAAUAACAGAGUUUAGGGUGUUUCCGGUAUAUGCUACAGCAUCCGGGUUUAAGCUGGAAAUUUGUGAAUCGGAAUCCAUUGAGUUGGAACAACUUCCUACAUCGAAGAGGAGGAGGACUCGGCCAGAAAUGAUAAACUUCCUCUGAUGACUUCAUCGGUUUUCUUAUGAAUCGCUUGUGGAGAAAAUUCAUGGGAAAUGGCCACUAGCUUAUUGGGGCUUGGGAGAGUCAAAGCUGCACUUAUAAUUGUUUCGUUGUCUUUCUGUCUUCAUUCAAAAAUAAACAGGGACAAUGUUAUGAUAUUAAUUCAUUCCACUUGGUACGUGCAGUAACUUUGGAUAAGAUAAUUGCGUGACAUUGAAAUUUUAUAGUAAUGUUUUGACCAUUCAAAAUAGUAGAACAAUAUUAA